AGGAGCCGGAACUCAAGGAGGCGGGCCAGCGACUCGAGAUUAAUUUCCGGGUCGCGGCCGAGCUGGCUUUCACGUGGAGGCGGGGAAGAUUGGCGUACCGGAAUGAUCACGAAAACCCACAAAGGAGACCCGGGCCUUGGGGUCCCAGAGAAAAAGAAAAAGAAAAAGAAGGUAGUCAAAGAACCAGAGACUCAGUACUCGGUUUUAAACAGUGAUAAUUACUUCACUGAGAUUUGUCCCACAAGAGCAACACUCCCCUCAAAGAAUGUGGAGCUAGGGCAGGCAUCUGAGAUGCCUCUGGUGAAGAAAAAGAAGAAAAAGAAGGGCCAUAGUACCCUCUGUCAGGAGCACCUAGAACCCGAGACCGUGUUACGUGCUGGACGGACAGAGAAGUUGGCCACCCCCAGGAAGCAGGCUCUUGGUUCAUCUGAGUUCCAAGGUGGGGAGAAGAAAAAAAAGAGGAAGUCCUUAAAACCUCUGGCCAUGCCUUCUAGCUCAAGAGGGAGGACCUCCCCAGACACUAGACAGGUUGAGGAGGUGACCAGAGUUGGCAAGAAGCCCAAAAAACACAAGAAGGAGAAGAAGGCCCGGGAGGCUGUAGCUGCCUCGGCCAAGGACCCUUGUUUCCGUGAGUUUGGGGAUACUCUGUACGCUUGCUCAGUGGGGAAGGAUGGUGCGGAGCAGACAGGCUCAGGGCAGAAACGGAAACAGGACAGCCCCAGGGAAUGCAACGUGAAGAUGAAGAAGAAAAAGAAAAUCCACCUUAAGGGAGAUACCUCCGUAGAAGAGCACCUUGAGUGCUCCAAGUCUGUGGAGAGCAGCCCUAGGAAAGGAACUAAGAAGCCAGUCAAACUUGAGGCUCCAGAAUACAUCCCAAUAGGACAUAACCCCAAGUCCCCCGCAAAGAAGAAAAUGAAGUCCAAGAAAAAGGUAGAGCAGCCAGGCAUUGAGGAGCCAGCUCUGAAGAGGAGUAAAAAGAAGAAGGUGAAAGAGAGCAAAGUAGCGGAAGAACCUUGGGAAGAGGAGCCUGACCCAGACUUAGAGGUGGUGUUGGAAAAGAAAGGCAACAUGGAUGAGGCGCACAUAGACCAGGUGAGGCGAAAGGCCUUGCAAGAAGAGAUCGAUCGUGAGUCAGGCAAAACAGAAGCUUCUGAACCGAGGAAGUGGACAGGAACUCAGUUUGGCCAGUGGGAUACUGCUAGUUUUGAAAAUGAGGAACAGAAACUAAAAUUUCUCAAACUGAUGGGUGGCUUUAAAAACGGGACCCCUUCGCUCAGCCGCCCCUCUAACACAGUCGGAAGGCCCAACAUGGCUCUCAGCAAGAAGGCAGCUGACGCCCUGCAGCGGAACCUGCAGCAGGACUACGACCGGGCCAUGAGCUGGAAGCACAAGCGGGGCACUGGCCUGGGCUUCUCCACCACCCCAGACAAAAUCUUUUAUAUUGACAGGAAUGCUUCCAAGUCAAUCAAGUUUGAAGAUUAAACUCUACUGUCUUAUCCUUCAAAACAGCCCAGAUUGCUUUUACUGUUCAGUUAUGCAGUUGAAAGCCAUCUGACAACUGUCUCAGAUCAAAUCUCUGCAGAGAUUAAGUUGAAAACUCUGCCCAUGUGCUUGGACAAACUGGGGUCAGGGAGCUCAUGUUUCAGAAGCCAAGAGAACAUGUGAGUGAUUAACGCCUACUAUUUUGUGUAUUAAGCAUUCCAUCCCUGUGUGAAGACAUCAGCAUAUAUAAAUAAUA